UUAUUAGCUCAAAAGAAUGGAAUAAUAUUGGUAGGAGUGGCGGGUCCUUCUGGGGCUGGAAAGUCUGUGUUUACUGAAAAAAUACUGAACUUUAUGCCCAGCGUUGCGGUCAUAUCAAUGGACAACUACAAUGACGCUAGUCGAAUUGUUGAUGGCAACUUUGAUGAUCCACGUUUGACAGACUACGACACCUUGCUCCAGAAUGUCAGUGACUUAAGAGCAUGGAAGCCGGUUGAGGUUCCAUUAUAUGACUUCAAGUCCAGUUCCCGCACAGGGAUCAGGACAGUUGAAGUCCCAAGCUCCCGUAUCGUGAUCAUUGAGGGCAUUUAUGCUUUGAGUGAAAAGUUGCGGCCUUUUCUGGAUCUACGAGUAUCUGUCACAGGUGGUGUUCACUUUGACCUUGUUAAAAGGGUUUUACGGGACAUACAGCGAGCUGGCCAAGAACCAGAAGAAAUAAUUCAUCAAAUAUCUGAAACAGUAUACCCAAUGUACAAGGCCUUUAUCGAGCCAGAUCUUCAAACUGCUCAUAUAAAAAUUAUCAACAAGUUCAAUCCAUUUACUGGAUUUCAAAGUCCCACUUACAUUUUAAAGUCAGCGAAGCCCUUGUCGGUGGAUCAAAUAAAGGCAGUCUUUACUGAAGAGCAUACAGAAGCCAAGGAGGAGACCUAUGACAUAUACCUUCUACCACCUGGUGAAGAUCCAGAAUCUUGCCAAUCAUAUCUGAGGAUGCGUGAUAAAGAUGGGAAAUAUAGUCUCAUGUUUGAGGAGUGGGUGACAGAUAAUCCAUUUGUUAUAUCACCAAGAAUAACUUUUGAGGUCAGUGUGCGUCUUCUUGGUGGACUAAUGGCUCUGGGAUACACAAUUGCUACUAUCCUGAAAAGAAGCAGUCAUGUAUUCUUCAAUGAUGGUGUCUGUGUAAAAAUUGAUUGGCUAGAGCAACUCAAUCGUCGAUAUAUUCAGGUGCAGGGAAAAGAUCGAGUAGUUGUAAGAUGUGUUGCAGAGCAGCUUGGCUUGGAAGGUUCAUACAUUCCUCGUACCUACAUUGAACAAAUUCAACUGGAAAAGCUCGUGAAUGAGGUCAUGGCCUUGCCAGAUGAUUUAAAGACAAGGCUUAGCAUAGAUGAGGAUCUUGUUUUGAGCCCCAGAGACGCACUUUCUAAAGUCUCUGCAGCUGUCAUGAGAAAUAAGCAUCUCAAGAGUGGUAUGUCGCAGUCCUAUACAAACCAAAGGGACAAAAGUACAUCCAGGCUCACUGGAUAUUCUUCCAACGGUCAAAGGUUUGAAGACAGAAAUUCAGAAUCACAAGCAACACUAGCAAGCCAGGGAGUCAUUACUCAGCUAUCAGAGCAUAUAUCUUCGCUGAAUGAUAGGAUGGAUGAGUUUACAAACCGAAUUGAAGAGCUGAAUUCCAAGUUGACUGUGAAGAAAAGUUCUAGCCAACAAAACAUGGCUCUUCAAGCUGAAGCCUGCAAUGGCUCCACUCCCACAUAUAAUUUCAUCUCUAGCUUGGGCAAUGGAUCUUUAACUGGCUCCAUAAUGCCUAAUUCCUCAUCUUCUGCCCAGUUGGCUAAGGAGUCUCCAGCACUGGAAGAGAUAUCAAAUAUUACAAGGGGACAACGUCAAAUCAUGCACCAGUUAGACAAUCUCAACAAUCUCCUCCGGGAAAGCAUGGGAGAGAGAAAUCGACCGGCAAGAACAAACAGCAGUAAAGGCAUGGAUGCUCGUUCAGUUCCUCUUGCAGUAACACUUGCUGUUGGCGUUUUAGGAGUCGUCAUAUACAAGGGCAUCUUAAAUCGAAGCUGAUUUAACUUGAAAACUUAUUAGACUGAUCGACUUUUCCCACCUGAGUAUGAUGCAGUAUUACCCUUCUGCUCGGGAAACACAUUUUAACAGUUAGAGAUACCAGAAGCAAAUAGAAGCUAGAGAGAGCUUCUUUGAGAAUUUGUAAAGAAGGGUGCCGUAGCAAUUUUGAAAUUUUUUUGGGAUACAGGAUACUAAAUGGUUUUUCCAUUCAAUUGCUAGUUUUAAUAAAAUAUGAGGAUGAAUUUCAGAGCUAAAUCUUCUCUCUCAAGCAAUCUCAUAUCUUUUUCAGUCAACUUUGCUGACGAAGUGGUGUUAGCUCAGUGGUUAGAGCACCCACUACCUAAGAUUGAGGUCAUGGGUGCGAGUCACCAUAGGAGUAUGAGUGAAAUCCUUUGAUCCUCUUUAAAAAAAAAAAAAAUCAUCAAGAGCGAGUCAUAAAUAGUGUUGUCACCUAUAGAGUUGCCUUGCAUUUUCAGUGAAGGAGGAUCAAAACUGGGCUGAAAAUGUUGGGCUUUUGUUUUAGAUCCAACAUUAGUUUUUCAGACGUCACCCUCGAAGCAGGGCAGACCGCCAUAAAAGGUGUUAAACUGAGUUUUGGUCCGUCAUAUAAUUAUGUAGAGGAAGAUGCGAACUUCACCUUCACCGACCGGCGGGAACACCUCUUGAGAGUUAAGACCCAGAAAAAGUUGGAGUAUGCGAAUGGGCGAUAAACCGGAUCGUGAUUUGAUAAGCAAUCUGCCUCAGAGCAUUAUAGAGAGCAUUCUCACGUGUUUGCCAAUAGGAGAUGCUAUAAGAACUAGCUGCUUGUCAAGGAAAUGGAGAUACAAAUGGACUACACUCACUCAUCUUGUAUUCGACGAAAAAUGUGUGGCUCAAUCUGGUGAUCAAGUAGUUGUCACAAAAAGCCUUAUCAAUUUUAUAACUCGAGCUCUCUUUCUUCACCAAGGCCCUAUUCACAAGUUCCAGGUCUGUACUUCGUACUUGCAGAGCUGCCCGGAUAUAGAUCAAUGGAUACUUUUCCUUUCGAGGAAUGGCAUCAAAGAAUUGGUUCUUGAAUUGGGAGAAGAGGGUGAGUGGUUUAGGCUGCCUUGGUGUCUUUUUUAUUGUGAAAAGCUGACCCGUUUGGACCUAUAUCGCUGCGAGUUGGAUCCGGCUCCUAGUUUUAAAUGAUUUUCAUGUUUGAAGAGCCUCAAUCUUCAUCAAGUUUUGGUUGCUCCUGAGGCAAUUGAAAGUCUUAUUUCUAGUUGCCCGCUACUUGAGACCUUGUCUUUGGCAUACUUUGAUAGCCUAGCUUUAAAUAUCCGUGCUCCAAAUCUUAAGUACUUAUGUCUGGAAGGUGAGUUUAAGGACAUAUCUCUUGAAAAUACUCCACUAUUGGUUGAUUUAUCUGUUGCUUUGUACAUGACUGAUGAAAAUGCUGAGAACUCUGAGCAAAGUUCAAAUUGCAAGUUUAUCAAGUUUCUUGGUGGCAUACCACGCCUUGAGAGGCUUAUUGGGCAUAUCUACUUUACUAAGUAUUUGAGUAUAGGUAAAGACCCGGGAGUCCUUCCAAUUACAUAUAACCAUCUAAAGAUUAUUGAAUUAUAUCAAGUGAGUUUUGAAGAUAUGAAAGAGAUACUUGUUGUUCUUCGCUUGAUUACAAACUCUCCUAAUUUAAAGGAACUUCAACUCUCGGGAUCCUCUUUAACAUCAAUGGAAUCACCGGAUUUGGAUUUCUGGGAGAAAGAAGGCCCUUCAGAUUGCACAUUCCACAAACUUAAAGUUGUGAAGAUGACAGAUAUGUCCGGACUGCCACAUGAGAUGGAAUUCAUCAAAUUUUUGUUGAGAAAAUCACCGGUGCUUGAGAUCAUGAGUAUUAUGCCUUGUGUGUUUGUUACUAUGGAGUCGCGUUUGAUAAUAGUCACGGAGUUGCUUAGUUUUACAAGGGCGUCUCCUAAAGCAGGAAUUGUAUUCAUCCAAGACUAAGUUCUGUGUCUGAUAAUGUUUGACAGAGCUGGGCUUCUGUUGUGUUUGUUCAAUUCAAUAUCUUGUGAGAAAUGACAAUGUGUUGACAUUGUAUACAAAAUCACAUGUUUGGUUCAUACUGUUCUACCUCCUGAACGGACACUGGCUGUGAUGUGACAAUAUAUUUCCAGGAACAGAAUAUAUGAAAUUCCUUAUUUCUGUUGUGUGAUUGA